CUCAUUCAUCUCUCACUCACUCACUUACACUCACAUUUCACAUUCUCGUUCUCAAUUUUGAUUCCGUCUGUUUAUACAUUAUGAGCUCACCUCUUAACCCAACUAAUAAUCAAUCGGCUGCUCAGGGCAAUAAUACACAGACCCUAACCGACCAAGAGCAAAAACUGCAGCGCAUGUAUGGAAAACUGCCCACGGGUAGAGACUUGCUUGGUCAUAAGCUCAAGGAGCGCAAAUACUUUGAUUCGGGAGAUUAUGCACUUUCAAAGGCAGGAAAGACCUCGACCACAGUUGGAUCACAACACCCACAGCCAGAGAAUAUCCCACACUCAAACCCAACACCGCCUAACGCAACCCAUGGAUCACCUCCAGUCAAAGAAAGCUCAUUGAUACAUGAAUCCGAGAUCCCUGAGGGCGUUUCACCUACCGUUUCGCAGUCAGGGACUCAAUAAAGAAUUGGGAUUUUAGUGGCAAAAAAAAAGGAUUCUUAAAAAAAACUUUUUUUCUUUUCUUUAAUGGAUAAUGAACAAUGAGCAACAACAAAACAAUAAAACGUAGUGAAAGCGAACAGAGCGAAAGAUGAAUAAAAGGAAUCACAGGAAGCUGAAGGUUUACUGAAAUUUAAAAAUCCAGCAUUUGUGGAUCAAUCAUAAAUAACAGUUAUAAAUGUACAACGGGGAAAAAGUUAUUCUUAGUAAUCGCAUCUCUUGUGAAGUAUAAUAAAGAAC